UCCGAUCUUGGUAUUGGCCGUAUUGCCUCGGUGACUCUUCGACCCCGGUAUAUCUUGAGAUAUGAUUUGGCGUCGCCGGGGCAGAUGAUACCGCGCUCCACCAUACACAAACCAAGAAGCUAACCCCGAUAUUUUCAGCCGCUGAGGAAGGGUGUGCCCUGUCUGCUCAUCAGAAUGACUAGCACUUAGAUCAGCUUUGGGAGCCCAGCAUGCUGUCUCUUGUUACAGAGUCAUCUGACUCGAGACAGCUUCCCCUCUGCAAUCGAUAUUAUCGACAGAGAUGUCGAACGAAACGACGUCCUCGGCCUUCGUGGGCCAGCCACCCAACACCGAGGACGACUAUUAUGUCGUCCGUGGAUUGCUCCGGCUGGCUGGCCUCGUAGACGCGGAUCCGAGUCUGGGCUAUAUUCAUGCCGCACGGCCGCCGCCCGCCAACUAUACGUAUACGUCCAGGCAACCUAGGAUUGUCGCCGGCCUCAUCAUCGUGAUGGUGGCGAUCGUGUCAGCGACCAGUGCGAGGCUGUUCCUGAGGGCGUCCAUGUCUCAGAUGAGGUUUGGUGCCGACGACUGGGCAACUAUUGCCGCCGCUGGAUUUGGCGUGACUUACACCGUUUUGCAGCUCAUCAUGGCUUUCCACGGCGGGGGCCACCACAUCUGGGACGUGACGUACGAACAAUACGCCGUCUUCUACUACUACGGCAUCAUCGACAAGGUUAUCUUCUACGUCUGCAUCGGGUUCAACAAGAUCUCCCUCGCCCUCUUUAUCCGCCGCCUCGCCCAAAACAGCUCCAGGGGCUGGCGCUACUUUUGCGACUUUUACCUCACCACCCUAGUCCCCUACAUUCUGCUCGCCGUUUUCUGGAUCGUGUUCUCGUGUAACCCGCCAAGGGCGCAGUGGGACCAAGCUUACAGCGGGAAGCUAGCCACGCCGGCACGCUGUGUCGAUAUGAGUCUCGCGGGGAGAGUGUUGAAUAUCACGCACGUGGUACAGGGUGUCAUAUUGUUGCUUUCCCCCAUGGUCAUCCUCUGGACCGUCCAAAUCGACCGUGCGAGGAAAAUCAGGUUGUUUGUCAUCUGGGGCGUGGGCGCCAUCACCGUUCUCUGCGGUCUCAUGAGGCAGAUCCGCGCCGAUUUCACGGCCGAUCUCAUGUGGAGCUACACCGAACUGCUCAUCUGGACAUCCUUGGAUGUAUGUAUCGGCAUCAUCACCAUCUCGCUGCCGGUCAUGGAUGCGUGGCUCGCGGGGGCCUGGAACGGGGCGAUUCUGAAACUGGGGUACAGGCGCUCGUCGAACGGUUCUCGGUCGCGUGGGGUCCAGGCCAAGACGUAUGCGCAUGGGACGACGGUUCAUAGCACGGUGGGGGCGAAGACGCCUAAAAUCUCGUCUGACUCUGGGAGGGGAAUUAUUCAGAAGGAUAGGUCGCAUGAGAUGAAUAUCCUGAGGACGGAUGAGGUGGAUAUUAGGUAUACCCCGGCUGGAUCAACUUGGGAGAGCGAAGGCAUGCCGAAGGUGUUCAAUAAACAUCGAGUGGACGGGUUGAAUUAGUAAUACAAACGGGUGGGGGGAGGGAAUACUCAUAUUACCUUGAAAGCUCACUUCGCGACCUAAUCUUGUACUUAUAGCUGUAUCCGAGAUGUGUG